UCCACACAGUCACGCCUGUUCUUUCUUAGCUGCUGCAUGCUUUCUGAGCGCUGCAGUGUCAUCGCAGCCUCAAAUUAAUAUCCACAAUAUCUGCUCAAAAUGGCUCUUCACGUCCCCAAAGCACCGGGCUUUGCUCAGAUGUUAAAGGAUGGUGCGAAGCACUAUUCUGGUCUUGAAGAGGCAGUUUACAGAAAUAUCCAGGCUUGCAAAGAACUAGCACAGACCACAAGAACUGCAUAUGGGCCCAAUGGUAUGAACAAAAUGGUCAUCAACCAUCUGGAGAAACUCUUCGUCACAAACGACGCUGCCACCAUUCUCAGGGAGCUGGAGGUUCAGCACCCAGCAGCUAGAAUGAUUGUGAUGGCAUCACACAUGCAAGAGCAGGAGGUUGGUGAUGGGACAAACUUUGUGCUGGUGUUUGCUGGUGCUCUCUUGGAGCUUGCAGAAGAACUGCUGAGGAUGGGCCUGUCUGUGUCAGAGGUUAUUGAGGGAUAUGAGAUGGCAUGUAAGAAAACUCUUGAGAUUCUGCCUGAUUGCGUCUGCUCCUCGGUUAAAAACCUGCACGAUCUGGACGAGGCUAAGGCGAUGAUCCUCUCAGCUGUCAUGAGCAAACAGUACGGCAAUGAGGAUUUCCUGGCCGACCUUAUUGCACAAGCUUGCGUCUCCAUCUUCCCUGAGUCCGGCAGUUUCAACGUUGAUAAUGUCAGAGUGUGCAAGAUUUUGGGUUGUGGUCUGAACUCUUCUACAAUGCUUCAUGGGAUGGUAUUUAAGAAGGAGUUGGAGGGAGACGUCACAUCAGUCAAAGAUGCAAAGAUUGCUGUGUUCUCCUGUCCGUUUGACUGCAUGGCGACUGAAACAAAGGGUACAGUACUUAUUAAGAAUGCAGAGGAGCUGAUGAAUUUCAGUAAAGGAGAGGAGGACCAGAUGGAGGCCCAGGUCAAGUCUAUCGCUGAUUCUGGGGCCACCGUGGUUGUUACUGGGGGCAAAGUUGCUGACAUGGCCAUUCAUUACGCCAACAAGUACAAGCUUAUGGUAGUCCGGCUAAAUUCAAAAUGGGACCUUAGACGACUAUGCAAAACUGUAGGAGCCACUGCAUUGCCCAGACUAACUUCCCCGACCCCAGAGGAGAUGGGCCGCUGUGAUAGUGUUUACCUGUCAGAGGUUGGAGACACUCAAGUUGUGGUCUUUAAACAUGAUAAAGAGGAUGGUGCCAUCGCUACUUUGGUGAUUCGUGGCUCCACAGACAAUCUGAUGGAUGAUAUUGAGCGUGCCAUUGACGAUGGAGUCAACACCUUUAAAGUCCUUGUGAGGGACAAGCGUCUUUUGCCAGGUGCAGGUGCCACAGAAAUCGAACUGGCUAAACACAUAACCUCCUAUGGAGAGUCACGCCCAGGCUUGGAGCAGUACGCCAUCAAGAAGUAUGCAGAGGCGUUUGAAGUGCUUCCCCGUGCUUUGGCAGAGAAUUCUGGUGUGAAGGGAAACGAGCUGAUCUCCAAACUGUACGCUGCUCACCACGAGGGUAACAAGAACGCAGGCUUUGACAUUGAGGGAGAGGGACCUGCUGUGAAGGACAUGGUGGAGGCUGGUAUCUUCGAUCCUUAUCUGGUCAAAAGCUGGGCCAUCAAAUUGGCCACAAACGCUGCCAUUACAGUCCUCCGUGUGGAUCAGAUCAUAAUGGCAAAGCCAGCAGGGGGACCCAAAACCCCCAAACAGCAAGGACACUGGGACAAGGAUGAUUAUGCAGAGGAGCCAGACAAAUUUGAUACGCAUCAUUGAUAAAUAAAAACAUAGCAAAGGUGCCCAUAAAAAUGCCACGGUUUGGAGUGCUUAACCACUGGAGUGAUGGAGAGUGUUGCAUGAACACUGUGGAAAGUUAACUAGUAAUAUUGACAAUUUGUUUAGAUGGUGGUUUUAUUUCUAAGAUGAGAUAGUCUGUUUGCAUUUCAAUUCUUUAAAAGAGCUUUUGUUGGAUUUUGACAGUUUUAUCGUAACUAAAGCAUUAACACUGCUCACUGUUUGGAGAUUUUGGCACGGUUUACUUGCAUGCAGCAUGCACUAAAAUCACUUUUUUUUGUCUCCGAGCACUGCUAACAUUGCACCAAAUAACAGUUUUAACUGUCUUAUGCUUUACGUGUCUGAAUAUGUCUAUCC